CCCCGCCCAGCCGGACAACCCACGACCCGUAACACAGAUACCGACACAGACGGAGAGCGAGGGGCAGAGAGGAGCUCAUCUACAGAAAGAGAGAAGGGGAGCGAGAGACAGAGAGCGAGAGUGAGGAGAAAAGAGAGCGUCAUCAGGCCUGGCCUCAACGUGCUCUUUUUAUCUCGAAGGCGAGGCAGCCCGCGGGGGCUGACUGACUGCUGUGGCAUCUAUUCUGCCCGUGUGCAGGCAGCUAGUGUAGCUGUGAUUGCUUGGUAAACUCGGGCCUCGGGGGAGCGGCGUCGAGACAAACCUGGGAAGGGAAAGAACUCCCACCCAUGUCGGCGGUGCCUUCCUUCGACACGACAUCUCUCGAAGACCUCGUGGCCUUGGCGCAAGCGCAGGGGCUGCACGUGGAGGAUGAAACUGACCGAGAUCACGUAGUGGGCCUUGUGCAGGCUUCGGUCGUCGCGGACCUGGCAGAAGGUGAACUCACCGGUGGCAGCGGCGAUGCCUCAGCGGCAGGGGCGGCAUCAGCAGCCGACGAAAGACUCAAAGGGGGGGAUGGGGCCGGCGGCGGCGGCGGCGGCGACGGGGGGGGAGGAGGCCCGUCUUCGACGCCGUCGCCCCCUCGACAUUUGUCCCCCAUGUCGUUCGGGUCACCCUUGCCGGGGGCGCCCCCGCCCCAGAGGCUGAGCGACAUCCUGGCGCUGGACGGGAUGAUCGGGAGGCCAUCAUAUGGCGACGCCUCUUCCUCCGUGUGCACCGAGGUCGGCUCGAGAACAGGGAGAGGCGGCGGGGGUGCCAGCGGGGGUGCCAGCGGGGGUGCCAGCGGGGGCGGCGGCGACUCAGACAUGGAGGCGUCCUCGUCCUCUCACUCUUCCUAUUCCACCGCCGCCGUUGUUGACUCCGUCUCCGCCGCUGCUGCUGCCGCGGUAGCAGGCUCCGCCGGCGGUGGCGGUGCCGGCCACCCCGGUGGAUCCGGAGGAGGAGAGGACCUGACGGAGGAGAGACGGGAGGCCCUGGAGACCUUCAUGGCCUUUACCCAGGUGGGCUCGAGCGUCUCCGCCGCCCAGUUCCUCGACGCCACGGACUGGAGCCCCGACGCCGCCAUCAACCUCUUCCUCGAAUCCGGGGGUGACACUGCGGCGGUGGCAGCGGCGGCGGCGGCGGCGGCGGCGGGAGGAGCUGGGUAUGGUGCGCCAGCAAGGAGCGGCGGCGCGCGGAGAUGGCCGAGCGUUGGAGGCGCGGCAGGGGGCUACGGCGAUGGCCAGAGCUACGUGAGCGAUGACAACCACAACGAGGAGGGUGCUGACGACCACGAUGACGCAGGCGCGAACCCCUUCACCGCUCUCGGCGAACUCCCGGGCCUCGUGAUCCCACCGGCCCCCGCGGGAGCGGCGGCUGGGCGGCCGCCGCCGCCGCCGCCGCCGCAGCAGCAGCAGCAGCAACAGGGUGGCGGCGGCGGGGGCGGCGGCGGGGGCGGCGGCGGCGGGGCCGCCGGCGGCGGGGGCGGGAGUCCCGGGGAGCAGGACCACUUGUACCCCGGGGGUUUCAGCGAGGACGGCGUUCGUGCCCCCAUCCCGGCGCGAACGGACCGCCUUAUCGGGGGCGGGGGUGUGCUCGGGGGGGUAGCGGGGGGUGGCGGGGGAGGCGGGGGCGCCGGUAUGAUGCUUGGGGGGAUGUUGGGUGGGGCGAUGGCCGGAGCUGGGCGCAGCAGCGUGGAGGAAAGGGACAACAUGGACUGGAUAUUUAAGGCACCCGAGGGCCUGUCGUUCCCGUCUGACUUCCUGGAGACGCGUCAGAUCUGCAAGGAGCAGAAGAAGUGGCUCAUGGACCACCAAGAGUUUGCGAGCCAUCGCUUGAACAAGGACGUGUGGUCGAACGAGACCAUUCUCACGCUGCUGCGGGGAAACUUCAUCUUCUGGCAGCGGAACAAGGCUCUCAGACAGGCCAGGUAUUACGUCGACAAGUACAACCUGGAAGGUCAGGUGCUACCGCACACUGCUAUCCUCGACCCCCGCACGGGAGCCCAGCUCCUGAAGGUCGUGGGAUUCGUUGAGCCGGAGGACCUGAGCAUGGCCCUCGUGGAGUUCCUAGAGAACAACAGCAUCGACCAGGACGGAGGAGGCGUGUCGGAGAGGACGAGCCCCGACAACAGCGUCGGCAUGUACAGCGGCGGCCGGGGGGGGAGGGGGGACGCCUCGCUCUCGAGAGACUCAGCGUACGAGUCGUACGGCAGCGAGGAGUACGUGUACGAAGACGAUGACGACCUCGGUCAGGGGUCAAGCUUCGAUGGGGACGACAACAGCACCGCCAACUCCCACGCCUCUCCCGGGUAUCACCCUCAGAACACCCCCAACGCCAAGCCGUCGCCCCCCGCCACCACCUGCUCCUCCUCCCCCUCGCCCCUCACCGUCGCGGGAUCGGGGCGAUCCUCCCCGAGCCGGCCCUCGGCGGCGGCAGCAACGGGAGGAGGGGGUGACGGGAAGGCAGCAAAGGCGGAGCCCCCCCCCCCUGGAGGGACGGGUGCGAUUGGUGCGGCUGCUGGAGCCGGGUUGGUCGGGCCUUGGGGGCGAGGGACGCCGGAGGACGAGCUGCGGGCUGAGGGGGCGGGGCAGGGGGUCUUGGGCGAGCCUGUAGACGUGCCGCAGGAGCCUGAUGCAGGGAACGGGGUGACCCAGGUGCAGUUCCGACUGGCGGGAGGUGGUACCAUCGCGCGCCGCUUCUGGCUCAAUGACAGGGUGUCCUUGCUCUUCCAGUUCGUCAGGACGACGGGAGAGGAAGCGGCCACGAGGCCCUUCGACCUGCUCUCGGGCCACCCCCCGUCGUCCCUCCUUGGCAGCAAGGUCUCCACCCUGGAGGCCGCGAACCUCAGCAACUCCGCCAUUAUGGUCCGGUGGUUGUGAUCGACCAUCUCCUUGUGUAGGGGCGUGGGGCGACGGUUCGGAGUAACAAGACUGGAGCUUGGAGGACGGCCUCGAUGUUUUGGGGCGACUCAGAUGGGAUGGACACCUGCCUCACAGCCUUUCCGCCGCCACCGUCAUCGUUAUCACCAACGUGGUGCAUGCUCCGAUGGUGGCUGUCGGAUGGAUCUACUUACAUGGCAUGGAUGGUUGGACACACACGGAGCGACUUCUAGAAGUGGAGCGAUUUUUUACACCGUCGCCGCCUUGGUAUGCGGUGCGGUAGGCAGGAUGCAGCGGGGUUAAAUAGACGGCUCACCCCUCGGCAUUUUUUUGCGCCGUCGUUUGUAGGGCCACGCCGGUGUGUGGCGAAGCGUCAACUAGCAAGUGUUCCGAAAUUGGACGGAGGAACAACCAAGUGCGGGGGAAGGAGGGCGGGGGAGUGGGAGGGACGUUGGACCGAGGGACGGGGGCGGUUUGCGUCUACUGCAUGAAUGUACCUAUUUUACCGAGGGUCCCACCACCUGGACGGACUGUUGGCUUGAGGUGAGGUGGCUGGUGGUGACCGUCGGCGUCGUUUGCCGAGCGCUGUAUGAUGUAGACUUGCCUUCUACGUUGCGAAACUUUUUGGGGGGCCCGUGCCGAUGCAGGUAGGAAUACCCUAGUCUAUCCCUGUGCGUGACUACCGUACCCUGCAGAAUUUUGGUAAUAGCCAUGAUCUAGAAAUAGUACAAGCAGAAGGAAAUGGGGGGCUGGCGAAGGAGAAGAGGAGCCACCAGACCAGCUCUGGAGAUAGGCUGAAGGAUAGACGCAUGUGAGAUUUAGGGCGGGGGGAUCGAAUCGUGUCGAGCGAAUUUUGCCGAGCUCCUGUCUUUUUCGUUCUUGUGUUGUUUUCUUUAGCUCCUUGGGUUGUGCGUGUUUUCCUUGCUCUUUUAGGCUGCUGCUGCUGCUGCUGCUGUGCGGCUGGCUGCUGCCGCUCUGUGUAUGUGUUGCCAAGUCAAGUGGUGCAAACACAUGGAAGAUUCGUCGAGACUCAAUUCCGGCGGUGGGCAUGUUUGUCACGAUGUCAUUUGGUUGUUUUCUUGUUAGGAAGAGAAGGAUGUAGGUUGAAUACAGGGCUGAGGUUGGAAAGGGUUUUCGACGCGAAGGCAACCACAAGAUGGACAGCCCGCAGUCUACGACGUGGCGAUUCAGCGUUGCCACUAUUAAGAGACUCGUGCUAGUGAAGAGCUGGUUCAUUCGCAUUAUCGGCAGUAUUUUCAGAAGACUUCCGAAAGAGUGCAGUUUGGGCGGGCAGUGAACGGGACGCCAUUGUUGGGGUGGACGCUCAGUAUCCCCUCCUGAUUUUGUCGCCGUGACCGAUGGGCUGCUUUGCAGGAU